GUUACAGUCAGCAGUGCUAGCUAGUGCCAUGAGGAACUACUUCUCCAGCGUCAGGCAAAGAAACCUGGCUGUGGGGGUGGCCAUCUGUGGCUUCUCGGCGGCCAUGGCAUCAUUACCUUUCGUAGUUCGAAAGCGGAUGACGAAGUCAUUGUACGAUAGCGAAGAAGGGUUGACGGGGUCGCAGAUACAGCGUGGUGCUUUCAUGAAUUCUGGAAGCAAAGAUGUCGGUCGGGAUCACGAUUGGUCGAAGGAGACACGGGAGUGGGCGGGCAGGCGCAACAAGCCGGAUUGAUGGGAAGGCUAAAGUACGCGAUGUUGGACAAGCGGCGGGCGGUCAAGAUGAUUGUCCAUGGCAUCCUAUUCUGGCUGAGUCGAAAGCUCCGAGAAGCAGGAAGCAUUUGUGUUGGUUCCCGAGGUGUGUGUGUUACUGUAGGGAUAUUAUCUCGAUGGAAACAUGACUGCUGGCAAAGUGGUGUACCUUGUCAGCUUUUUUUUCGGUCUGAGGGAGGAACAAAGGCUUGUGUACAGUACCCCGUCCUUAUUUUCGAGCUCUGAUUCUCGUUUGCGAUUUCAUGCACCCUGUGAUGCGAAGAGAAUCAAAGUAACUUCAUUCCGACCAAGGCCGAGGGCCAACCACUCGGGGCGCCUCCAGUGGAAAUCUCGUGGAUGAACCACAUGUUGUCAUGGUGCGAAGAAAUGCGUCUUGUCCACGAGGGGAAAGAUUGUAGACUAGGGCGCACAUGCGCCGAAGUUGGCAUUCCUCGGGACUGCUGGGUAUGCAAAACCGAUCGUCUGGUGUUGUUUCUGCUUGCUUUGACUACGCUUGACCGGCUGACCGUGCGCGAAAGUCUUUGGCAGCCCUCGUUGGGCUGAGUUUCAAAAAGUCGAUUUGUGCAGAGGAGAAACGCCGGUGCCGACCAGGGCAUUAGAAAGAUCAAACCGACAUAUUGU